UGAAUGUAGUCUCACUUCACACACCAAGCUCCGAUCAGUUUUACACGUUAGCCUACAGUUUUUAUAUGACAGGAACGGAAAUCUGUUGCAAAAAAUUAUUGUCUAGACUCGGAAGAUAUUCCAAAUGUUUUGCUCCGCAUCGUUUAACGCACUCUGCGGCGUGGGCUUGCCGCGUCCGAACUUCCAGCGCCUAAUUGACUACGUCGAGCCGGAACAGGAGGAGGAGCUGGAGCUCGAGGUGGAGAAGCAGCUCAAGGUGGAGGAGGAGGUCAAGGUGGCGAAUACGACGAAGCAGGUGUGGCGCCAGCAGCCACUGAGUACUGACUUCCCGCUCAGCGAGAUGCGCAAGCGCUGUCCAGGGGCCUAUGUGGUCGCCACCGUCGUGGGGGUGGAUCCGCAAACCGGACAACCAAUCGCCCAGGGUGUCACUUAUCAUCGGACCCUGUUGACCGGACACUGUAGGCCUCAUCCGUCGGUUAGGCGGCGACCCAAGCUCAUGGACAUUUGCCAGGAGCGCCUAAGUCGGGAGUGCUCAGCCAAGAGGAAGGUCGUCUGGCAGCGUCCUAGCAUCAGCCGUGGCCGUGCUCAGAUGGACUUCGCUAAGCAGAAGGCAAAGGCAAAGGAAGGAAAGCCUUUGCAUCGCGCUCCGGUGCACCACACGGCUUCGCGGACGGAGAAGGAGAAGGUGGAGGCGGAGAAGGAGGAGGAGACGAGGAAGCUGACUCAUGACAAGGCGACCUCCGUGGCCAGUUUCUUCAGAACAAGUAUCGCAAACAGAUCCGCCGAAGAGAACACGCCCACAAAGGAAUCGCUAGGGAAAAACGAUUCCCUCACCGGAAGUGCAUACGCGCUCGACCUUGAGCUCAGACGUGUGCUGACCAAGUUCAGGGUGUCUGCCAGCCAACUGUCCAAAAGACUGCAUCGCCUUGUGUUGCACGAGCUACCCGACAGCCAGGUGGAGGAGGGCAGCACCCCGAUCCCGACCUCCAGAAAGGCCAGAGACCACAGGCGUGCCAGCGGCACUACGACGCCUCAGCCAAAAACGCUGGAUGCUCGUGUGGAUGAGUCACCGCAAGCAGUGGAUUCCUCCGAUUCCAAGAGCUCCAGUCUGGCCACCGACUCCCAGGAAAUCCACGGACUAUCCACGGCGUCGGGGCUCACGGCGGCCUUCGUUCGGCGACAUGAGCUGUUCCGGCUCCUGGUCAGGAAGCGUUAG